AUGAAUCAACAGUAACAAUAUUAUUAAGAACAAUAUUAGGUUUAACAACCUAGAAUAAAAAAGGCUAAAAGUUUUGAUGAGGAUGAUAAUUUAGAAGUAUCGAAUACAUUAAAGUAGAUAAUUAAACAAGGGUAUGGUAUUCAUGAGGCUUUGAGAAUUGAUAUUCUUGAAUUUUAUAAAGGUUGUAGAACUUAAUAAGAAUAUAAGAAUCCAGCUGAUUUUGUUAAGCAUAGAUUGGAUGGCAAGUAUGGACCUUAUUGGUUUGUAUUUAUGUGGGAACAUAAAAAUGGGAUGAAUGCUUAAUACAGUUAUUAUAAUAAUGAUGACAAAGUUUUUGAAUUCAAAUUAAAUGGUUGGCAUGUCUUGAUUUAUUCAUUCAACCAAACCCAGCAACCUGCCUAAUUUAAACCAUAACCAAGUGGCUAGACUAUGCCUUAAUACAAUACAUAGUUUCCACCUUAACAUUAAGAUCGCAGAUUUGAUGAUUUUUAAGUAGAUCCAAGAUAUCCUUACUCUUAAAUGCAAUAAGGACCAUCUCAAUUUAGAUAAGGAGGAUGGUAUUACUGA